GAGCUGGAGCUGAUGGAAAACAUCCUGACGAGCAAGCAGGACGAGAGUUGGGAGCAGAGGGGCCCCCGGGCCUCCUUCUCCCGCCAGGAACGGAGCCGCCUGCUCUGGGAGGACGUCAGCGUCAUGGAGGAGGAUGCCACCAAAGUCACUGCCCUGAAGCUGAGGCUGGAUGAGUCCCAAAAAGUGCUGCUCAAGGAGCGGGAGGACAAGCUGGCGCUCAGCAAGAGCAUCGAGAAGCUGGAGGGUGAGCUCAGCCAGUGGAAGAUCAAGUACGAGGAGCUCAACAAGAACAAGCAGGAGGUGAUGAAGCAGCUCAACAUCCUGAAGGAGAUCCACCAGGACGAGCUGGGACGCAUCUCCGAGGACCUGGAGGACGAACUGGGUGCUCGCUUCAGCAUGGACAAGAAGCUGGCUGAGCUGCGUGCGGAGGUGAGGCCGAACACCAAUGCGGGGGGGGCAAAGGGAGUGGCGAGGAGGAAGCCGCGGGCACAGAUCGAGGACCUGGAGGAGGUGCUGGCUCGCAAGCGGCGCCAGACGGCCAGUGCCUUGGACACCGACCUCAAGACCAUCCAGGCUGAGCUCUUCGAGAAGAACAAGGAGCUGGCUGACCUGAAGCACAUCCACACCAAGCUGAAGAAGCAGUACCAGGAGAAGAUGGCCGAGCUGGCCCACGCCAACCGCCGCGUGGAGCAGCAUGAGGGCGAGGUGAAGAAGCUGCGCCUGAGGGUGGAGGAGCUGAAGAAGGAGCUGGCUCAAGCUGAGGAUGAGCUGGAUGAGGCUCACAACCAGACACGGAAGCUGCAGCGGUCACUGGACGAGCAGACGGAGCAGAGCGAGAGCUUCCAGGUGCAGUUGGAGCAUCUGCAGUCCCGGUGA